AUGGCGUGUGAAGAAAGAUGCGGAUAUUUUAUGAAGGAAAAAAAUAAAUUUUGUCAUCAACUUCGCGCUAAGGGUUCAGAUCGCUGUUUUUACCACAUUAGCGAACCAUCCAUAGCUAAAAUGGCUUGUCCAAUGGAUCCAACACAUUUCGUCAGCCCUUCAAAUCUUAACAAACACUUGAAAAAGUGUAGUAAGCGGCGUAGAGUUAAGGUUGUAAGCUGUUGUUUUAUCAUGUUGAAUGAUUUUCAGGUAUAUGAUGUGACUGGAAUCAAUUCAGCCAACUUAUGUGAUCGUAAAAUUGUUCCAAAAAUGUCGCUAGCUGAUGUGUCUGCAUUUACAACGUUACGGCUGAUAGCACGUUUAGAAGAAUUGAGUACAGAGUUGAAUCUCAUUGACCGAAUCGAAGAUUAA